GUUGGUGCGGGUCUCCCUGGCCCAGGGCAGCAGCCGUACGCGUUGCCCCGAGCUAGAGAAGUGAGGUGGCACUCGCGCCCUGGGGGGAGCGGUGCCAGGGCAGGAAGCCGAGGAGCGGAACUGUGGUGGUGAAGGGCGCCUUCGGCAUGGCCGCUGCCGGGAACAUGUAGCUCCGGGGGGUGAGAGUUGAGUCUGCAGCUGCCCGGUGAGCAGGAUGGGGGAAAGGCUCCUGGUCUGGACCUGGAUUCUCCUCCCAGGAUGCUGGGCUCUGCAGGGCCCCAGGGAGGUGAGCGGCUUCCUGGGGGGCUCUGUGAAGGUACCCUGCGAGUACGAGCCGGAGCUUGUGAACGCCAGUAAGUACUGGUGCAGGGGCAUCAGCUGGUUGUCCUGCUCCAUCCUCGUUCAGACCACGGCCCCCAGGGUUGAGGUGCAGAGGGACAGGGUGUCCCUGCGAGAUGACCCCACUCGGCGCAUGUUUGUGGUAACCAUGGAGAACCUGAGAAUGGAGGAUGGGGAUCAGUACUGGUGCGGGAUCCAGGUAGCCUGGUAUGACCCCAUGGUCCUCGUCAAGGUGUCUGUUCUCCCAGUGCCCAAUACAACACACUAUGACCUCCACAUGACACAGAGGGAAGAGGCCACAUCUGCUCCCACCUUCCCAUGGACUCCCCUGGAGCUGGAAAACACCACGGCCACACUGAAAGCCAGAAAUCUGCAGGCUAGCACCCCAACCCUGCUCGUCAUGAUCCUGACACCCUCCACUGUGCUGGUGCUGCUUUUGGGCAUCAUCAUCCACUGCAGGAUGAGAAGAUCAUUGCUGCAGAGGAGCGGAGCAGCCCGGGCUGUGGGGUGGAAGAGGGACAAGGACCUCCAGGUACUGCAGGUGGGAGGGCAGUGA